AUGUCAGCACCCAAGCCCCAGCCCCAUUCCCAGGAGCAGCCCCAGGCUCAGCACCAGCUUCACACGUACCCUCCCCCGCCUGGUGAAUCCUCACAACAUCCGUCCUCUUCUCGCUCGCCCUCGUCCUCUUCCCGCACGCCCUCGUCCACUUCCCGCUCACCCUCGUCCUCUUCCCAGUCGCCCUCAGAGACGAACCAACCACAGCAGCAGCAGCAGCAACAACAACCCCAGCAGCAGCAGCAGCAGCCCCCGUCCAUCCACAGCCGCAUACCCAGCACCAGCCGCUGCCCCAGCCCCAGGCUCACCCUCGUUGGCAAGCAGUAG